GCUAUUGGACAAACCACAAAUAAUCUUACACAGUUGAAGAGUAUAAUCAGUGGCAAGAAUAAGGGAGGUCUUGAGGAGUUAAAGAAUGCUGCCUCGGAAAUGGGCUUUACAGUGUCUGAUAAUGAUAGAGGAGGAAAUUGUCUGUUCCAUGCUUUAGCAGAACAACUGGAAAUUGUUAAAGGAAUUACAAUUAAACAUGAAGAAUUAAGAAAAACCUUAGUUGGGUACCUGGCAGGAAAUCCAAAAUUGGAAGAUGGAACUGAUCUGUUUAGACUUUUAAACAUGGAUCAACAAAGCCGUUUUGGUACAUGGGAAUCCUACCUAAAACACAUGGAAAGGGAUGGUAUUUGGGGUGAUGAAAUGAUGAUAAAUGCAGCAGCAAACGACUACAAGACCAUUAUUAAUGUGCUCAGUUUUCCUGGUAGCAGACUGGUAAUUCCCAUCUUGCCACAAUGUAAAGUUUGGCUGGGGCACAUAUGUGAUUGCCACUUUGUCAGCCUUCUUAAAGCACCAGUAUCUCAAUCCCAACAAUCUAUCAAGGAGACUCAAAAGGAAGAACAUCAAGAAUUGAGGGACAAGCAGGGGGAACUUAUGUCUGCGGCAGAUCAUGUAGUUCACCCUACCAUUUAUCAAACACAGGAAGAAUUGACUAAGGACAGGGGCCAACUUACUAUGUGUGAAGAAAGACCACAGCACAAGCAGACAUCCCUCAGUGGCCUCAACUCCACUAAGAAAAGUGCAAACUGGAGCUCUCCACAGAAGAACCAGAUAUAUCCUGCUGCAUACAAAGUAAAUGAUUCUGAUACAGAACCUUCUGAGGAAAUAGUGCGCAUUGGUAAAUUUGAUCAGAAAGAUCUACCAUACCUCGCGUUGGACAUGCUCGUCACAGGGAAAUGGAGAAAUAUUGCAGUAGAUCUAGACGUGCCAGUUGAUGAACUCAAUUGUAUUGACAACAGCGACGAAUAUGAAAAGUGUUACAAGAUGUGGAAGACUUGGAUAGAGCGAAAUGGUGACGCAGCUUCUUACAAAAAACUAGCAGAAGUCUUAAAAGAUCACGAGUUGCAAAUUAUUCGUGAAAACUAUUGUCUUGAAGGGAACCAUCCACCAUUACAAGAAACUGUGGCUACAAGUACAUCCGAAAAUGUGAAACAGGGAAAGAUAGAUGACAAAGAUUUUAUGAAAAUUGCCAAAACAAUUCAAGGAAAACGAUACAGAUUAGGCCGGGUGCUUGGUGUACGAGAUAGUGAAUUGGAGCAAAUAACGGCAAAAGAUCCGGGCGACAUUUGGGAACAGUCCUACCGGAUAUUGAAAAAAUGGCAAUCAGCAAAUGGGAAACGUGCCACUUUCACUGCACUUGCAAAGGCCUUACGUGACCGUACCGUUGCCUUGAAAGAAGUCGUGGAGGAAUUCUGCCUUGUUAAGUGACGGAAGAACUGUGAUUAGACGCACAUCUGUUAUCACCGCUAACAAGGGAAUAGUAAAACCUUCCAACUUGUUAUUAAUGAUGCUAAAAGGUUUUUUUAUUUUUCAAGUACAUUUUUAUUUUUUUUUUUUUCAUUAUGACAAAGCGUAGAUGGCUGCCUUAAACUGCCUUUUCAGAGUUUUCUGUAAUGUACUUUUCAUUCAAUUCGAGUAGAUCUAAUGGUUCUCAAAUUAUCGAUGCUUCAGACUAGUGCCACUGCACUAGUUGUUUUUAGGAUUUGUUUUUAUUUAGAGUACUAUUGCGAUUUAAUGAUAAUUUUGUAUUCAGCGAAAACAGUUUGUAAUGUUUCCUGUAAGAGACUGUAUCUUUGACUGAAUUUAUCGCUAAACUGCGAUGCAUGUACCGUUUUUCAACGACCUUAUUUUCUUGAGCUAUGUUUAACUACAAGAAUCUAGAGAUUCUUCAUCCAAACUAGACGCUAUUAAAGCGUUAAAUCGACCUUCCAAAGGGAUUUGUUGUGUAAUGAAUAGUCGAUUUUACAUGCAAGGUCGUAAUUAAGUGUGCGUAGCUGGCGGUUUUCUUGGGGGAGCGCCUGAGCAAGUUGCGAGGCCGCAAGGGGAAAGAAAAACAACCAAAA